GCUCCCGCAGUGGAGGAGAGGGAGGUCCAGGAGGCCCCUGGCGGAGCCGCGGCUCCAGCGCUGCUGUGGGUUGCUUUCCAUAGGAUAUGAUGAUGUCAGACAUUGCUAAAGACAGAAUGGCUCAUUCUGUGAAGAAAAGGGGAAGUAUGUCUUCUCUAAGUGGUCGAGAAUUCUGGCAGAAAGAACUUCACAGGUGCACCAAAAACUCCAUGAGUACUGUGUCUUAUAUGGAUGAACCUAGCCAGCGGGAUGAUGCUUCUCGCCUUACAGUUCAGAUGGAAAACACCUAUCAACUAGGUCCUACCAAACAUUUUCCUGUGGUCAUUGUCAAUCACAUUUUGAAAGAUGUGUUAACUAAGUAUCUACAAGAAGAACAGUAUGAGCCAGAGCUCUGUAGACAGAUGACUAAAACAAUUUCUGAGGUUAUUAAAGCCCAGGUCAAGGACCUGAUGAUUCCACGGUAUAAGCUAAUUGUGAUUGUUCACAUUGGACAACUGAAUAGUCAGAACAUUUUUAUCGGAAGCAGAUGCCUCUGGGAUCCUAAAAGUGAUACCUUUUCAUCUUAUGUUUUCAGAAAUUCUUCUCUCUUUGCGCUUGCAAGUGUCUAUGCUGUUUACUUUGAGUGAUUGAAAAUAAGAAAUGUAGUUCUUACUUUUUUAAAUCACAAAAUAAGCUGUAUCUAUGUACACAAAAGCUUCACUGCUCAAAAGUUUGAGAAAACAACAGUAAUAUUUCAAACAACUGGCAUUUUUGGACUUUUUCAUGCUCUGCUAAGAACUGAGGGAGGGAAGUGUGGUGCAAGAAAAACUCUUGUUUAUCCAAAAGAAGAACUAAGUUUUGGUUCCACUGGAUCAUUUUUCAUAGACAUGGAUUCUUUUUU